CGCCAAAAAUCACUCACUAUUUCUCUAAAACCCUAAGCUCCUUCUUGUUCAUUAUUUUGGAAAAUCGGAAAAGAAAGAAGGAAUGAAGGGUGGUACAGUUCAGAUCAAUUGGCACGACACUAAGCCUGUUUUGUCCCUCGAUUUUCACCAUCUUACUGGCCUUCUUGCUACUGCUGGUGCCGACUAUGACAUCAAGUUAUGGAUGAUUAAUUCUGAAGAAAAUGAGAAGAAAGCGCCUUCUGUAUCAUACCAGACUAGCCUUUCUUACCAUAAUGGUGCUGUGAAUGCGCUUCGGUUCUCUCCUUCAGGAGAGUAUUUGGCCUCUGGUGCAGAUGGUGGUGAGCUCCUCAUUUGGAAGCUACAUUCAUCAGAUGACAGCAAAACAUGGAAAGUCCUGAAGACAUUAUCAUUUCACCGUAAGGAUGUAUUGGACUUGCAGUGGUCUGCUGAUGGUUCUUUUUUGAUUUCUGGUUCUGUUGAUAAUUCGUGCAUCAUAUGGGAUGUUAACAAAGGUUCUGUUCAUCAGAUUCUGGAUGCUCAUUUGCACUAUGUGCAGGGUGUGGCAUGGGAUCCAUUGUCCAAGUAUACUGCCUCACUCAGUUCAGAUAGAUCUUGCCGGAUUUACAGCAAUAAACCAUCUAAAACAAAAGGAGUUCAGAAGUUGAAUUUUGUAUGUCAACAUGUCAUUAUGAAGGUUGAACCACAACCGCCGGAUGAGUCCAAGCCUACUAAAAAUCAUCUCUUUUUUGACGAGACACUUCCAUCUUUCUUCCGAAGGUUAUCUUGGUCUCCUGAUGGUUCCUUUCUGCUUGUGCCUGCAGGUUCUUACAAGUUUACAACUGCUUCUGAACCAGUGAACACCGCUUAUGUGUUUUCUAGGAAAGAUCUCACAAGGCCAGCUUUAAUGCUGCCAGGUGCCAGCAAACCUGUCAUUGCUGUACGCUUCUGCCCCAUGACAUUUCGCUUGAGAGGAUCAAGCUAUUCAUCAUUUUUCAAGCUUCCUUAUCGUCUUGUUUUUGCUGUGGCUACAUUGAAUUCCUUGUACAUCUAUGACACAGAAAGUGUUCAACCAAUAGCCAUCGUAGCUGGUCUUCAUUAUGCUGCUGUAACAGACAUAGCAUGGUCGGCUACUGGGAGAUAUCUGGCAUUAUCCUCCCAAGAUGGUUACUGCACUCUGCUAGAAUUUGAUAACGAGGAACUAGGAUCCACUUUCUGUAGGCCAGAAAAAGAAAUAGCUGGAGAUGAUAAAAAUAAUAUGCAGAAACAGGAGGAAAAUGUUCCAGAAAUUAUUGGCAGUGAUAAAUGCAUGGAUAUAGAUAGUGCAAAACCAGAAGAGAAAACAGAAGAGAAACAAGAAUCAACAAUAUCAUCAACCCCUCAAAGUUCUGAACAAGAAUCAACAAUAUCAUCAACCCCUCAAAUUUCUAAAACGGCUACCAGAAAGAGGAUUACACCAAUGGCCAUUGAUUGAUUUGGUGUAACAAGAAUCGAUCUUUAUAUGUUUUAGCCACGUCCCAUUCUGCUCCGAAGAAAGGUUUGGAUCUUUCGUGAGUAAACAAUAAACAAAAGAAAGCUCAAGAGACGUCAAACUUCAGAUGUAACACUUCUCAUUAACAUAUAAUUUUUUGAAAACUACAUUACAUAUCAAGAAACAAGACACAUUCUGGGAAUGAUAUACAAUUUUCUCUUUCCCUCUUACAAAACAAAUUUAGUGAACCCAAAAAAAUAAAGAUGAAAAAGAAAUCAAUUUCCCGGUACAAAUUAUCUUCUCACUGUAUCUAUACAUUUCUGUUCAAAACUGCUUUGCAAAAUUGAUAGACCUCC